AUGACGAGUCUCAAGAAAAAGAAGCGCAAGCCUAAACUUGCGCCACGCUUUGAGCUUUAUAAGAAUACAAAUUGUCGUUGCUUUGUGCUCAAGUCAUUUAGUGAAGCCAAUUUUCACAAAAGUCUUAAGUUUGGGAUCUGGAGCACUACGUCGCUGCAUAAUGCGCUGUUAGACCAAGUGUUUAAAAGUGACUUGACUGCUGUAAGACCAGUCUUAUUCUUUUUCAGUAUUUGUGGUACGAAACACUUUAAUGGAGUGGCUCGCAUGACGUCAAAAGUUCGGACGGAUGUGAAAUUUCAACUAUGGGAGAAACUCAAGUAUGAAGGCUAUUUUCACGUUGAGUGGCUGUUAGUAAAGGACGUGCCCAAUUGCGUCUUCACAGGUGUCAAAAUGAGCAACACGCCUUCAAAAAAAUCAAUUACUUCUUGUUGGGAUUGUGAAGAAGUGCCAUAUGAAGAGGCCAAUGAGUUUCUAACCAUCUUUACUGGAUUUAAUAGUCGAUCAACUGCAUGGGAUGAUUUCGACCAUUACGACCAGCUUCAAGAACAAAUUCAGCGCAAGCGAGGUCUUGUCUCAUCUGCCGAAGCUGACAAGACAGAUCUUAAUUUGUUUCUCGUACCGGUCCAUCCAGAAGAACCUGUUUCGAUAGUAUAA